CUCGGCAACGACAGGAUACUCAGCUGUCUUUGUGUGUGUGUAUGUCCUAUGUGUUCUUCCUUUUCUUGAGAUGGUAGUGUGUGAAGGGAAAUUUACUGCUAUUUCUGGCAGAACGAGCGAGGAUGAUAUUUAGUUUUUAGUUGGAAUAAUUUUUUAAAGGAAGGUUGUUUAACUCCCGUUAAUAACGUAUGUUUGUAUGUGUGUGUAUUUCAAAGUUCCCCCAGUAUGACGUACAAUCGACAAAAAAUACCGCAAUGUUUUGUGUGCGAGUUGUGGGAAUUUCCAACUGAUCGUCCGUGUUGUAGUAACUAAACAAACAAAGCAUUUGGUAAAGAAAGUUGGUGUGACUUGUGUUGUUCAGAAGCUGUGCUAAAGUACUUUUUCUUGCGAGCUGCCGAAAAUUUUGUUUUCAGUUUGCCAAUUGCGCUCAUUGGUUAAGUCCACCUCCGGUACAAAACGGGAAAGGCCCACAGAGAAACGACAUAUUACAUUCGCCCAAUUUACAAUUGAAUCAUUUUACACAGAUCCUUGCCGAGAAAAGUUAAACACUACAAUGGCCUGCAAAAUUUCAGAAGAUAUUCAUUAUUCAACUUGUGAAGAUUCCGUGAGUAAAAGAACUAGUGUCAGUUAUCAGUCAUAUAUUGCUCUUUUAGAUGAAAUGACAAAUCUGAGGAAAAUAAUAGACUCUUAUAAGAAUUUUUCUGAAAAACCUGUUAAGUUUGAUGCUUGUGUGCAGACAACAGAAGCAUUAGAAUAUGAAGAUAUGCUACGUAGUUUGGCUUCUGCUUAUGAUGCAAAACAAGAAGACUGCAAGCAACUAGAAAUGAAACUGAAAGAUUCUGAAGAAAUAAUCAAAGAACUCUAUGAGAAGCUGGAUAAUGUGAUGCAAGACUUGAAGUCUGAGAAAGAAGAAUGUGAUCGUUUGAAACAAUUAACCACGGCAACUGGAACACUUAAUACUAUGAUGGCAUCCACCAGCAGAAGCUGUUCUACUGCAUGUCAACUGUAUUCUAAGCCAUGCAUUCAACCUUCUGAGCUACAAGUCGAUUGUGCAUUGAAGAGCACUGUGAGAAAUAAUGAGUGCUUAGUUUGUCAGCAAACCUUUAAAAACGAGGCAGAUUUGAAAGAACAUCAGAAGAGAUAUCAUUUAAACAAAUGAGUAUAUGUAUAACUAGUGUGGUUAGACACUGCUUUUUUUCUGUGUAACACAUCAAAGUGCACAGUAUGCUCUCACAGACCAUAGCAUCAUUCUGUAUUGACUUGUGAUGCAAACAUUUUUACCGAAACUGACUGAAGGUGACAAAAUCCAAAUUCCUGGAUUUUAGCAUGAAGCCAUAGUAUGCAAGUAACGAUUCACACAUACACACACGCACGUGCACACACACACACACACAGGUAUGCAUAUGAGAAGCCUUUUUUCAGCAUCCAUAUACCAAUGUUCCAUUCACUCACAAGGCUUUGAUUGGCCCAGGGUUAUAGAAGUCAUGCACUCAAGGUGCUGUACAGUAGGAUUGAACCCAAAACUACGUGGUUUGAAAGGAAACUUUCUUUUCUUUAACCAUAAUGUGUGUGUUUGACUGCAUGGCUGUGUGGUUAAGAAGCUUGCUUCCAACCAUGUGGUCCCCACUGCAUGACACCUUGGAUGGGUGUGUUCUAUAGCCUUGGGCUGACCAAAGCUUUGUGAGUGGAUUUGGUAGAUGGAAACUGAAAGAAGUGUGUUGUAUAUAUAUUUAUAUGUGUCCCUUGUUUCCACAUCGUGUGAUGAUGGUAAAUAAGCAUCACUGUCAUACAAGUGAUGCUGUUCAUUUUUCUGUUCUCUGUCAUGAAAUAUUACUUUGCUUGGAAUAGGAAGGAUAUUUGUCACAUUGAAAAUUUGCUUCAAUAAAUUCCAUCUGCUCUACCAUUCAAUCACAAAUAAGACAACUUUAAAUGAAUAAUAGGUUACACACACACAUAAUAUACAUACACACACACAUAUAUACACAUAGAUACACACACACACACACACACACACACACAUAUAUAAAUAAAUGGAGUUAAACGCAGCUGUUAUUCAAAUUCUUUUACUUCCGACACAUGUUUCGAAGAUAUCAC